GUUCUGGCAAAAACAUGUUUAGGUGCCCCAAAGCGCUGCAGGUGGUGGGGAUGGUUCCUGUCCCCUCUUGUCCAGGCUGCUGGAGAUGGGGAGGAAUGAAUAACCCAAUGCUGAUGGACAAACAUUCAGGCGAAAGCCACAAGGUAUUUUUGAGCCGUUCCAGGACAUUUCUUAUCCACUGUUACAGACAAACAGGCACGACACUCACAUACACAGUCUCCCUUCCAGAUGGAAUUUUCCAGCUCCAUCCCUUUCUUGAAAUCCCAGUGACUAAAUAGUCUAUUUUCAAACCCUUCAUAUUUCUACCAUGAACUCGCCUGUUUGCAGGCAGCCCCCACAUUCCCGUUCCUCUGCACUCCUGGGUACCAGGAGCUGAAGUUUUCUCUCUGGAGGUUUUUUGUUGGGAAACAAAGAUGAAAAUAAAACAGCGAUGUUCUUGUUAUUUGGAUAUUUUUAGAACAUUUGAUGACCUAAAAGAGCUGGAAAGGGAGACAGUGAUGUAUUCUGUUCUCAGCCAUUCCAAAGAGCCUUUUGGAAAGGGAGGAAAGCACCACUAUUGAUACGGGGAGGAGGGAAGGAGCACCACCCAAAAAAGAAAUAGUGAUGUGAAUAAUAAUGAACCUAAAUCCCAGGAACACACAGUUUUCCUCGGCACAAAUACACAUUUUGCAACUCUCAGGACUCUCUUGUUCUACUAAAAACCCCAUGUUUUCCUCUCUCCAUUUAUCCUAAAGGUUGCAAUUUUCCCAAAGAGAGCAGAUGAAGGAUAAGUUGACUCCAAACUGGCUCGGCAACAUAAACUCCCACCAAACGUGGGAAGGGGUAAAAACUUCCAAGUGAACCCGGGGGGACAAUUAAUUAUUCAAUUAUUUGUUUGUGCUGAAGGUUGGAAUUUUUUGGCUCAGAAAGAGUGACGCACCAAAUCCCAGCUCUGAGGGGGGAACGCUCUCUCUCAACAUCAAACAUCUCUCUGUGCUACUGACUUGAAGGAGGCCCCGAGGAACGAGGGGCUCUCAGGCAGAGCUGGGCCUGUGGAGUCCAGAACUUUUUUAUUAGUAUUAUUACUUUCAAUGACAUUCCUAUAUAACUAAGUGGUCUGAUUUCAAAGGUUAGUCUUGGAGAAGGGCCACAAUCUUAAGUUCCUCCAGAUGUUUUGCUCUGAAGGAGCUCAGGCAGUGCCUUUCUGGGCACGGUGCAACAAGCCCAUUGUGUGGAGUCGAUCCCUGGAGGAGGAUGAGGUGGGUUUUUGGAGGCAGAUGGGCUGGCCAGGUGACUCCUUGGCUCCCAGAAGUGGUUUUCAGUUUGCCAAGACUCAUUUUGUUGGUGGUUUCUGUGUAACUGGCUGUGCUGGGGGAUUUAGAGCCUGUGACAGACACCUGGGAUAUGUGAAGGAUGUAGAGACACAACAGGGAUGUUUCCCUCUGCUUCCAGUGCCAGCCUUCCUAGGACACCAGAGAAGGGGGAAAGAGAAAUACCAGAACAUGCUACAGAGCUGUAAAAGAUGUGAGAGGGUUCAAUCCAAGAUAUGGAAAAGGAGGAGGAUGAAGGAAGUUCCCUUGGGAGGAGAGGGUUUUGGGGUUGGAAACAGCUGCACACCCACCCCCCCACAAUGCCAACACAGCCUCUGGCCCCUGUCCUAAGGCCAUUCCAGCAACUGUGCAUUGUCCCUGCCUCUAUUUCAUCCAACAUGAGGACACACCAAAGAAUCAAAGCCCUCCAGUUGUCCCAAGAGCAGCAGCACUGGAAUGUCGUGGGCUGCAGCGAGGCUGGAGAAAGAGGGUCUGCAUGGGAACCCCCAGAGGGGUUUCCUGCUCAAAUAUGCCCUUGUCCCAAGGAUAACACCACUCCUGGCUCUGGCACUGUCCCUUCUGUGCAGCUGCUGCCUCUGGCACUUUGUAAGGACCUGUUUGUCCCCUUGCACCGCAGAGAACUGAGAAUGUGGCACGAUAAGGUGAGGGGACACAAGGGGCAGAGCAGCAAACGGGAAUCCCUCCCUCCAGGAGGGGUUGGCAGCUCUCUGCACACGCAGAGCAUCAGCCAGCAUAGCCACAGUGCAGCAAAUCAUGAGGAUGGAGACCUUCCCAUGGUGAGGAGGCACCUGGAGACCUGAGGAGCUGCCAGAGAGCUGCUUGUACCAAAGAGAUGGGUCAGCUCGGGGUGAUCAUUCCCUGGCACAAAACCCCUCCUGCAGUGAGGGCACAGCCAAAGCCACCCCUCACUCAACCAGCCUCCUCCACCUUUUCUCCUUCCCCUGCCUGCCCCUGACACUCUUCACCCUGGGAGUGGCAGAAGUGGCAUGUGAGGUCCUGCCCCUGUCCAGGCUCGUGACCUCUGAGCUGUGCCCACGUGGGGCAGCUUCUGGAUGCCACUUCCUUCACUCACCACCUUCCUCACAGACAGCUGCCCUUCACCCCCUCUGGAACAGCUCACCCUCCUCUGCACCCCAUUUCCAUCUCUGUUAGACCAGGCUUUGCAUCCUCUUGGCACCAACAUCCAGCUGCUGCUGGUGCUUCAACCCGGCCAGUAUUAAUGGGAAUAUUCUGGUGUAUGGACAUUCCCUCCUUUGGAGGCUGGAGCAAAGCUCCACGUGCUGUGGGACACAUAAACAACCACCAGCCCAUUAACUUCUCAGACACCCAGUGGCAUUUUGCCCUUAGUUUUCCAUCCCACCUUAUUAGUGAUAAGAAAUGUUUAUGCAGCUCCGAGGAAACGCUGCCUCUCUCCAAAUAAACAUGGAGAGAGAACAGAAAAGCAAUUCACUUUGGAUAAACAAACAGCAAGAUGAUCAGUGCACGACAACACCACACAGCUGGAUUAAAAAAUCCAUUAAAAAACCCUCCUCUGGUGCCAAACAGCACCAAUUUGCUGGAGACACAUUGCUACACGUAAAGGUCUGCAUGGUAGUUAGUAGAAAAUGCAGUUUUAAAUACAAGGUGUAUGACAGCAGGCUGUUAUUCUGCCCCAAAUAAUAUGCAGCAUGUCAAACACCCCCAGGUUUCAGUCUUGGACAAAGCAAAGAGCCCCAAAAUCCAACCAUUCGUUUGGGAGCGAAGGCCCCCAGCAUCCCCUGGAAGCUCCAGAGUUCACACCUGCACUCCCAGUUCAGUGGCAGAGCAGGAGCUUCAGAAGAAGGAGAGCUACGAAAGGCUCAGCCAAAGGACCAAACGCUGAAUGGAUUCAAGAAAAGCAUCAAACAAACCACCAAUGCCUCGCUGCUGGGAUUACCUGCUCUGGUGACACUUCUGCUCAAUGGGAGGAUGCUCUUGUCCCUCUCAUUUCCUGAAAUCCCAGAAGCUCCUGGCAAGCUCCCGGCACGUUCACAAAACUGCUGCCCACGUGGUGGCCAGGAGCGCUCCGGAGGACACCGUGACCAGCAGCUUCGCCUCCUUCAUCCACGGCGCCCGACCCGACCACUUGUCCAAGACCGUCCGGCACCGGAGCAAGAGGAUGAUCCUCGACAGCAUUGGGGUCGGGCUCGUGGGCAGCACCACCCACGUGUUUGACAUCGCCCUGCGGUACUGCCGGCUGUACUCUCCAGUUGCCGUGAGCUCUGUCUAUGGCAAGCCAGGUGUGAAGCUGUCCCCGACACUGGCCGCCUUCACCAACGGAGUCGCGACACACUCCAUGGAUUUUGAUGACACCUGGCACCCUGCUACCCACCCCUCAGGGGCUGUUCUGCCAGCCCUGCUGGCAGCUUCCCAGAUGCUCCCUCCCGGCACCAAACCCACAGGCAUGGAUUUCCUGCUGGCGUUUAACGUGGGCCUGGAAGUGCAAGGAAGGCUCAUGCAUUUCUCCACUGAGGCUCACGACAUUCCAAAAAGGUUCCACCCUCCCUCGGUGGUGGGGACCAUGGGCAGCGCGGCGGCCACGGCCAAGCUGCUGUCCCUCAGCAGGGCCCAGUGCUGCCACGCCCUGGGCAUCGCCGCGUCCCUGGCGGGGGCCCCCAUGGCCAACGCCGCCACCCAGGCCAAGCCACUGCACAUCGGCAACGCCACCCGCCUGGGCUUCGAGGCGGCCCUGCUGGCAGCCCGGGGCAUGGAGGCCAACCCCUUCAUCCUGGACGACAUCCCCGGCUGCUCCGGGUUCAGCGCCUUCUACGGGGUCUAUCACCCCAAGCCGCUGCCCGCGCCCGGUGACCACCACGAGUUCCUCCUGGAGAAGCAGGAUAUUGCCUUCAAGCGGUUCCCAGCCCACCUGGGGAUGCACUGGGUGGUGGAUGCUGCCCUGUCUGUGAGGAACCUCUUCGUCCACUACGCGGGGUCCUUCUCUCCCGCCCUGAUCCGCACCAUCGUGCUGAAGAUCCCGGUGUCCAAGUACAUCAACCGGCCCUUCCCCAGCUCCGAGCACCAGGCCAGGCACUCCUUCCAGUUCAACGCCUGUGCUGCCCUGCUGGACGGCGAGGUCGGGCUCGGCUCCUUCACCGAGAGCAGCAUCCACCGGCAGGAGCUGAGGGAGCUGCUGGACAAAGUGGUGGUGGAGCACCCCGAGGAUAACGUGGCCAACUUCGACAAGAUGUACGGGGAGGUGGCACUGCUCCUGCACAGCGGGGACGUCCUCACGGGCAAGUGCGACACUUUCUACGGGCACUGGAGGAAGCCCCUGAGCAAGGAGUCACUCCUGAAGAAGUUUCGAUCCAACGCCUCCCACGUGCUCCCAGACGAGAAAAUAGAAGCCAUCAUCACUACGGUGGACAACCUGGAGAACCUGUCAGACAGCUCCCAGCUGGCCUGCAGCCUGUGAGGGAACAGCACAGGGGGGUUUCAGGAGGGGUUUGUCCCGGUGAAACUCUGAUUUCCUUUCUUCAUUGGUGCUUUACUAUUGAUUUCCAGUGCCAGGAACGUUCCCACCCCUUCAAGUAGACACUUCACUCCCAAAGGAGCCCCCGGGGCAGGAGGUGUGACUGUGUCAACCCUCGGUACAAGGAGUACAUUUCAGCUCGUGGUUGAUGCUCUCUGAGCAGCUGAAAGGCCACCACAAAUAUAAAAAAUAAUCCCAUGGAAAUCCCUGAGAAUCUUGGGGUGUCACUGGGAAGCUGCUUCCCCAGAAGGAGCCAUGUCUGUGUGCUUUUUAAAGCUGGAUUCCAAGGUUUUUCUGGGCACAACGCCCAACCACUGAGUCUGGGAAGAGGAGGAAGUUCAGCUGCGGAACGUGUGCUUUUCUUAGUGCUCUUCUGGGCACUUUUGGGAUCACACUUAGUUAGUCCUGGUGGCCAGAUGGAAAAUCCAUCCCUUACUGUAAACAGCC